CCGAACCAAAGGAAGGGCUCAGAGGGAGACGACUUUUCCUUCCACAAACGCUACUGACUUGAGAUCCACCAAGCUCGCUAGCGAACGUAAACUAUCCUGCAACACUCAAAAUGAAAACCCCCGGAGAUUCGGGGUUUGCCUUUCCAGACUGGGCCUACAAACCUGAGUCGAGCCCCGGCUCGCGACAGAUCCAGCUGUGGCACUUCAUCCUGGAGCUGCUGAGGAAGGAGGAGUACCAUGAUGUCAUCGCCUGGCAGGGGGACUAUGGAGAGUUUGUCAUCAAGGACCCUGACGAAGUGGCCCGGUUAUGGGGUGCCCGCAAGUGCAAACCCCAGAUGAACUACGACAAGCUGAGCAGGGCACUCCGGUAUUACUACAACAAGAGAAUCCUCCACAAGACCAAAGGGAAGAGGUUCACCUACAAGUUCAACUUCAACAAACUGGUCCUGGUCAACUACCCUUUCAUAGACAUGGGCUCCACAGGUAGUGGUGUUCCUCAGAGUGCUCCACCAUUGCCUUCCGCAGCCGGAACUCAUUUCCGCUUCCCACCGUCCACGCCAUCUGACAUGCUUUCACCCAAUGAGGACCUGCGUAGCCCCGGGGGCGUGUUCAGCGCCGUGGCUCGACGCAUGGCUCGCGGCUCGGUCAGCGACUGCAGCGAUGGGACCUCCGUCAACUCUGAGAUCGAGGACGGAGUAGGAGGUCCAGGGGGAGGAGGAGUAGGAGGUCCAGGGGGAGGAGGGUACAGGAGUAUGAUCCACCCCCGUAUGUCCCAUGAGUCUCUGUUUAGGAUGUAUGGUGGAGCAGGGAACCCCAACGCCCACCCAGGCUCCCGCGGCCCCCUGGGACACAGGGUCCACCCCGACAACCUGUCCCCCUUCCCUGUGUCCCCCCUGCCUGGCCCUGGGGGUGCAGGGCUCUUAGCCCCACCUCUGUCCCCAGCCCUGUCCUUGACCCCCUCCUCCCACCUGCCCUACACCCCGUCCCCCUCCCUCUCCCCCAUGCUGGGCUCCCACUUCUCCUUCAACCCUGAGGAAAUGAAGCGCUACCUGCAGGCCCACCACCAGAGUGUCUACAACUACCACCUCAGCCCCAGAGCCUUCCUCCACUACCCCAACGUCAUCAUUCCCCAGCCACACCGCCUCGACCACCCACUGCACCUGGGUGAGGAGCCGCCUCACCUCUCGCCCUUCAAGUUCAAGCUGCAGCCUCCUCCAUUGGGCCGGAAGCAGAGGGACGGUAGCCAGGACCACCACCCCAGGCAGAGCUCACUGUCCUCGGGCUCAGGCACCGGGCUGCCCAAGAUCAAGGUGGAGCCCAUCUCAGAUAUUGAGUCAGAAGAAGAGGUGGAGGUGACUGACAUCAGUGACGAAGACCCUGAGGAUGAGGAUGUCUUCAAGGCCCCCGCACCCCCUCCUCCAGGCCUGCUGCCCUUCUUCACCUCCCACCCCCACCGCGGACCUCCCAACCUGAAGAGUGAGCCGGCCGAACCAGGCGACACCCCCUCCCCGUCCCCCGCCCAGGGGCAGACCAAGUGCAUUCCACUCAAGCUGCGCUUCAAACGGCGCUGGAGUGAAGACCAACGAAUGGAGGCCAUGGAAGAGCAGGACGACAAGAAAGUACGAGGGGAGAAGGAGAGGGAAAGGGAGACGGAGAAGAAUGGAGGGAUGCAGGAGAACGGGGCUGGCAGCGCCCCCAGUCCCCCAGCCCUGGGGGGGUAUGAGUGUUCCCUCCCGUUGGCUCAGAGGGGGGUGAACCAGGACCUGCACCAGGCCACCGCCCAACUGUCACUGGAGAACAAGGACUGCUGAUGCUGAUCCACACACACAUAGAGAUACAUAGAAACACUAAUGCUAGCAGACAGUGGUGGUUUAGGACAGUGUAAAUGACUCCUGAGGUCCUCCUGCCACUCUGACAGGCAGACAGUUCUCUCCUAACUCAAACUAAACCUGGGCCUAAUCAAACUCCAAACCCUGAUGCAGUCCACACCCUCCUCCCAAAGCCCUUACCUUCUACUGUAACGAGACCCCUCCCUCAGAGACUGUUGAAGAAGAGAGGGGACUUUUGGUCCAAACAAGCCCAGACUCAGUGACUUAAACCAGGGGCAGAACCAGAGGGGACGCUACUCUCUGCUUGUGUCUGGAUGGAACCCCCAAGCCAGCUUCCAGUCCAGCCCACUGUCAGCCUCAUAUCCAGCCUCCAGCCCAGCACUGCCCCACAUCUCCUGACCCAGCUCUUUUGCCUCACCUUUCCUGCCUUCUGGCCCCCCGUCUAGGGUUAGAGUCUGUCUUUCUCCUCAGGGGACCCCAACUCAGACAGCCCAGCCCCCUGGCUUUCCAGCCCUGCAGACAUGGAGGAUGAGAUUUCUCCCAUUUUAUUUUUGUAUAGAGAUGAAGACAGGACUUCUACAAGUGCCUGUACCUGUAUCAGACACACAGAGAGAGAGAGAGAGAGAGAAGACUGAGAGGAGGAAAGCAUCGGUGUAAAAGUAUGAUCCUGAAGAAGGCACAGUGAUGCCGAAACGUUGGUGAUUUACCCAAUAAAUAACCGGGAGUUUAUACAUAGUGUGCGACUCUCGCUAUUAUUUAUGUAAUAGUAUCCCCCCUGUUCUUACCCAUAACAGACACACAGGAAAGUUGGGCUGUCGAUUGGGGGCUGUGGGACCUAGUCGUGGUGAACUGGCAAAGACUCCUCCUCGCAACACUGGCCACUCCACUCAGGGAUGCCACAGACACACACACACCAGCUGCUGGGGAAACGGGCAGUGGCAGGACUUUGGGACAUGGAGGCUUUGCUCUUGGACUGCUACUGAAGGGUACUGCUAUUCAACACACACUUUAUUUCUCUCUAACACUCCUCUGUCAUCACUUUUGUACUUUCCUCUCUUUCUGUAAUCUUUUCUCUCUCUCUCCUACUUCCUUCCCUUUCUUUUGUGGACCAUGCCUGAAAGAUCCUGAUCUAAAUGAGAAGGGAGAGGGUGGAGGAUAAACCAAGGGGGGAGGGAGCAGUGGCUCGGUUGUUAGAUGACAGAGAGGAACAGCGAGGGGACCAUUGGGAGGGGGAGAGAGCUCUCCUAUGGAAAAGGAGAGUGAGGGGUCCAUUAUCUUUUAACUGUUAGCUUACCCUAGCUUAGCCUUGUCUAUCCCAUGGCAGGGCAGAAGCAAGGGCGACCUGCACAGAAUCCUAGUUCACCAGCUCCACCCAAAUCCCUUACUCCUGUUCUAUCAACCAUAGUCUCAUAGUGUUAACUAAAUCAGCAGAAUACGCACA